GUGACCCCACAGAUAUUGAUCCCAUAAAAAAUAAAAACAAAAAAACAAAAACAACAAAAUUGCAAUUAAUCAAAAAAGAUCGAUGCUAUAAACUAUUAAACUCUAAUUCUCAUGGUCUAGCAUCGAGUGUUUCCCACCUCUAAUACAUGCAACAUUUUCGCUGUUAAGUUGUAUUGAUUAUAAUAAUUUACAGGACCUUAAUUACAGGUUUUAGUCAUGAAUUUAAAAUACAAAAAGAAGUAUAAUCGAUUAAAACGCUGUGUUAAAAACUGUGUUGUGGAGAACUCUUCUGUUGGCGAUGUGCUGUGUUUCUUACAAGCCGAACUUGCUGCAGGACGCGAGGAAAGGAUGUAUUUAAUUGAGAGGCUAAUGUUUCAUGAAGGGUUGGAAAGAAACCCUCUUCCUCGUAAUAACUUUAUGGGUGACGGUGAUGAAGCUUUAUUUAAAAAGAAAAUUGGGACAAGAAAUAAAAGUACAACAUUAAUGCAGAAAAAGAAAAAUUCAAUGUUCCCAAUUAAUUUAAACAAUCUUCUUGUACACUCGCUGGGCGAAAUAAUACCAGUAAACCCUAAUUUUCAUUGUGCAUACUGGAUAUAUCCUGUUGGAUACGUUGCAACUCGAAUAUAUGCGCAUCCCAAAGAUCCACGGAAAAAAUGUGUUUUUACAUGCAAAAUUCUUAACAAUGCUGGAAUACCACAGUUUCAAAUUAUUCCUGAUAACGAUUUAGACAGUGUAUUUUUUGGUGAAACUGCAAGUGCUUGUCAUGAAGGACUUUUAAAAGCAAUUCAACAAUCUUUGAAAGAUUCAGUUAAAUUGAGUUUUGAUGUAAAGGGUGAAUUGUUUUUCGGACUAUCAAAUAUAAAGAUUCAAUCACUUAUUAAGGGUGACCCUGGAUUCAAAUUUUGUGCUAACUUUAGAGGCUUUGAUAUACAUAGAGAAACCAAUUUGUUUGAAGAUCAAGAUCCAUCAUUAUGCUUUGAAGCAUUGCAAUUAUUAAUAAACAAUUCCCUUAGAGCUAAAGAGAAGUGAUUUAAUAAAAAAAUGCAUAAAUAAAAAAUAAUACAU